GCCCGGCGCGGCGGCGGCUCCGGCGGCCCGGGCAGCUCCGCCCUCCGGACGGGUAUUAAAAUGCUUUCUAUGGGGACUUCUGCUUCUGAUGCCAGGACUCUUUUGAAGACCUCAUUUGUUGCAUGGUUUAAAGGAAGAUGAUGUUGUUAGUGAAUUCUGAGCAUCCUUCGGGAGGCUGAUGACCCUUCUGUUGUUGCUGUGUGCUGUCAUGGACAGCUUCAAACGCUCUUUUCCAAAACACCACAGGCAGUUAAUGCAACUUACAAAGGACUCCUGACUUUUUGCAUCUUCCUAAGACCUAUCUAGAUGCCACCAGUGUUUCCCAUGCUAACAGUCCUGAGCAUGUUUUACUACAUGUGCCUUCGGCGCCGGGCGAGGACAGCGACGAGAGGAGAGAUGAACAGUCGGAGGGCCAUUGAAUCCAACACCCGCGCCUUGCCCAUCAACGUUGAGAUAGUUCAGUAUGCCAAAGAAGUGCUGGAUUUCAGCUCUCACUAUGGCAGUGAGAACAGCAUGUCCUAUACCAUGUGGAAUUUAGCAGGGAUUCCCAACGUGUACCCUAGUUCUGGUGACUUUACCCAGACUGCUGUCUUUCGAACUUACGGCACCUGGUGGGAUCGCUGCCCGAGCGCCCGGCUGCCUUUCAAGAGGACUCCAUCCACCUUCUGUAGCCAGGACUAUGUGGAACUUGCUUUUGAAGAGCCAGUUUAUCCCACUGCAGUGCACAUUCUGGAAACCUAUCAUCCUGGAGCUGUAGUCAGGAUUUUGGCAUGCUCUGCAAAUCCUUACUCACAAAAUCCACCAGCUGAAGUAAGAUGGGAAAUACUGUGGUCUGAGGCACCUACAAAGGUGAAUGGUCCUCAGGCUCGGCAGUUCACACCUUGUAUCAAGCAGAUAAACUUCCCCACAAACUUGAUCCGACUGGAGGUGAACAGCUCCCUUCUGGACUAUUACACUGAACUGGAUGCAGUGGUACUACAUGGUGUGAAAGAGAGGCCUGUGCUUUCACUUAAGACUUCCAUGAUUGAUAUGAAUGAUAUAGAUGAAGAUGAGGAUGAAGAAAAAUUUGCCUGUGGAAUGGACGCCCUUAAUAAACAGUUCAGCAUUGUUACCCUCAGGGAAUGGCCAACUAAUGGAUAUUUUGAUAAACUGCCUUAUGAGCUCAUCCAGUUGAUUUUGAGUCACCUUACAGUACCAGACCUGUGUAGACUAGCACAAACUUGUAAGCUACUGUAUCAACAUUGCUGUGACCCUCUGCAGUACAUUCAUCUCAGUUUACAACCUUACUGGGCAAGGAUUAAUGACACAUCCCUGGAGCACCUACAGUCUCGCUGCACACUCAUCCAGUGGCUGAAUUUAUCUUGGACUGGAAACAGGGGAGCCAUCUCUGUUUCUGGAUUUAGCAGGUUCCUGAAAGUCUGUGGCUCUGAGCUAGUACGUCUUGAGUUGUCUUGUGGCCAUUUCCUCAAUGAAACAUGCUUGGAGGUCAUCACUGAAAUGUGUCCAAAUCUUCAGGAAUUAAAUCUCUCAUCAUGUGAUAAAAUACCACCUCAGGCUUUCAACCACAUAGCCAAAGUGGGCAGCCUAAAGCGUCUCAUUCUCUACAGAACGAAAGUGGAGCAAACAGCCCUGCUCAGUAUCUUGAACUUCUGCUCGGAGCUGCAGCACCUCAGCCUGGGCAGCUGCGUCAUGAUUGAAGACUAUGACCUUAUAGCAAGCAUGAUGGGAGCAAAAUGCAAAAAGCUUCGCAGUCUGGAUUUGUGGAGAUGUAAAAACAUAACAGAAAGCGGGAUCGCGGAGUUGGCUUCGGGCUGCCAGCUUUUGGAAGAGCUUGACCUUGGUUGGUGUCCUACGCUCCAGAGCAGCACAGGCUGCUUCACAAACCUUGCACGCAAACUGCCCAACCUGCAGAAGCUCUUCCUUACGGCCAACAGGUCUGUGUGUGACACUGACAUCGAGGAGCUCGCUGCCAACUGCACGCACCUACGGCAGCUGGAUAUACUGGGAACGAGGAUGGUGAGCCCUGCAUCUUUAAGAAAAUUGCUGGAGUCUUGUAAAGAUCUUUCUUUACUCGACGUGUCCUUCUGUUCACAGAUCGAUAAUAGAGUUGUGCUAGAACUGAAUGCCAACUUUCCUAAUGUGUUCAUAAAAAAGAGUUUCACCCAGUGACUCCCUACAUAUGCUGCUGUGGAACUCGUUUGACAGAGUUGUUUUCCUGUAAAUUUGUGCUGAUUUUUUAUUUUAAGGAGAAUAUAAAUCUGCUAUAAAAUAGUGGAAACUAUUAAUUAUCUACACAAAUGGGUAAAAUACAUUUAAAUGUAUUAUGUUUCUUUAAGUUGAUAUUGUACCUAAGAAUUAUUUUGCUCUGUUAAUUGGUGGCACUGCAUGUUUUUAAAUACUAGCCAUAUGUCUGGCUUUAAUGAGAAGCAAAUGAAUGUCUUCUUCAAUGUCCCUUCACAGGGUGUUAUACACAAUACACUGUGUUAAUAUCCAGGUGAAAGCAGAAGUUCAAUAUUUAUCAGUAAGGAAAAUAUGGGUGCUUCCUUUUCAUGUGUUUGUGUGUGUAUAUAUAAAUGUAUCCAUAUGUAUUUGUAUAUACAUACACAGAUAUUGUAGCAUUCUAGUUUGACCUGCAUCAUAAGAUUUUAUCAUCUGGCCUAUAAUUAGUUAUUUGAAAACCAGUUUAAGUGUGUAAAAGAACAGAUAGAAAAAGCUCUUUGUCUUCUUUGAGUUUUGGCAGUGAAUUGUAUCUGCUAGAGUUUUCUCCCUUUCUUCACCUGAAAUAGAUGUAGUGAUGUUUCACAGUCCAGCCUAAGCAGCACAACAGAUAAAUGCAAGAAAGAACCUGGACCACCUGAACUUAGAGCAGAAAUGCAAGAUAAAAUUGACAGCUGCUUCUUGGUAUUGAGAUACAAAGUUUAAGCCAAGUACUUAGAUGUUAUAACUGGUGAUUUGUAGAAAACUCCAGGGUAGUUUCCUUUUCAAAUUUCUGUCAUGGUCAAGACUU